CGUCUUUUUCUUCAUCUCUCUUCUCUUUCAUAUACACCAUACUUUUAUUAUAUUAUGAUUUUACUCGAUUACAACAAUGCCAUCAUUCAAGAUAUUCUUGAAACCAGACUAAGAGGUGAAAAGAAUGAAGCUUUGGACGUAACUGUGGUCGAUUUUGAUGGUGUUGUCUAUGGAGUGAAAACACCUAAUAAAAGAACCGAACUAUAUAUCUCUCUUCAAUGGGCCUGUUAUCCUGAAUUGGUAUCUUUUGGAGCUCAACAAAUUCUAGAACGUGUCUAUGGAGAAUAUCUUGCUGCUACACCUGAACCCAAUUAUGAUGUGACUCUUGUGAUUGACUUGGAAACUGUACCUGCUGAUGAAGAAUCCCGUGCUGCUCUUAUUCAAAAGGUAUCAUUAUUAAAACGCAAUCUACUUGCCGCUCCCUUUGAGAAGGCUUUCUCAGAACAAGAACAAUACGAAGAUACUGAAAAACCUAACCCAACCUCAGAACUUAUGGCUGUUCACUACCGCGAAGAAGAAGCUAUCUAUAUUCAAUCCAAUUCGGACCGUGUCACUGUUAUUUUCAGUACUAAAUUCAAGGAUGAAACUGAUAAGAUCUUUGGCAAAGUCUUUUUACAGGAAUUUGUUGAUGCUAGACGUCGUCGUGCUCUGAGAGCUCCUCAAGUUUUGUACACCACUCGUGAACCUCCAAGAGAACUUGCUCAUUUGAAUCUCCGGGAUAGUGAUGAUAUCAGUUACGUGACAUUUGUGUUAUUCCCUCAACAUUUCGAACGUGGUGAUGUUCGUGAAGAAACCAUCUCUCGUAUUCAAAUUUUCCGUGAUUAUCUCCAUUACCAUAUCAAAUGCUCGAAGGCUUAUAUGCAUACUCGUAUGCGUGCUCGAGUACGAGACUUUUUGAAAGUGUUGAAUCGUGCUAAACCUGAAGUGAUUGCUGAAAAGAAGACUAUCAGUGGCAAGACGUUUGUUCGAAGCUAAAAGAAAAAAAAAAGAAACCUUUCUUUUAUCGACAUGUAUUUUUUUUUCCUCUCUCUAUCUUAGUAGUAUAUCAUUUUCAAUUUUUGUUGAUAAUUAGUUUGAUUUUUAUUAUUGUUUUGAUAAAAUAAAAAAAGAAGAUGAUGUAUGUAGUUUGCACCUACACAAUAA